AUGAAAGAUGAACAUGAUGGUGUGGAAGAUGAUGUAGAUAACUCUGAUAGUCCUGAAGACGAAGAGAAUUCUGAAUUUGAUGAAGAUGCUAUCUUAGCAACAUGGGAGAUCCAAAAUGUACAAAAUGUUGAUCUUGAAGACGGCGAAAUUGUCGACAAAACUAUGUUGGAUGAUGUGGUUCGUCGGUCCUCAUCUCCGGCACCGACAGUGGAGCAUACAGCUGACUUCAAUGGAGAUGCAUUAAUGGCGGAAGGUGAAUCGGCUCCGAUAAUUAAUACAGGUGCGAGUCCCAAAAGAAAUAUUGAAUCGAACUCUAAUAUGGCCAAAAAAGACUCGACUAGAUCUGGUGAGCCCAAUUUAAAUACAUUAGCAAGGCCCAUUUCAGACAUUCCUCUUCCACGUGGUGAUGAAUGGAUUGUCUCACCAGGCUUCUGCUGGAGUUGGAAGUCACAAAUUAUAGAAGAUGAGGUUAUGGGUGAUCUGACAAAUCUUUGUGAAAUGCUUCGAGGGGUUAAUACACAACCAACACAAAACGGCUUCCGAUUCAAUCUAAGUGUGGAUGGACUAUAUACGAUGGCAGCAAUGAAAAGAAUACCAGUGGCGGAAAAUCUUGAAGCAAGAGGAGUCAAAGUUCAAUCAAGCAUGUGCUCUCUAUGCAACAUGGUCCACGAGUAUAGUGAUCAUUUGUUGAUUAAAUGUGAUGUGGCUGUGGAGGCUCGGAAUAGGAUCUUAAAUUGGUGUGGAAUUCCUAACACUCAAUUUAAUGAUGUUAAUGAGUUUCUUAACUUUGCAGCAACAUGGGGUAAUUGUCCAAGAAAGAGAGUUAAGGUAACUUUGAUGUUAUAUGGACUCUUAUGGUUCAUAUGGAUAGCCAGAAACAACAAGAGAUUUAAAGGGAUUCACACUAAUCCUGCAAAGAUUGCUGACGAGGUGAUCUUACAGACCUUCUCAUGGUUCAAGUUCAUAUCUAAGGAGGAGCUCUUCGAUCGGAAUACGGUAUAUUCAUAUAAUCAAAUGGCUAGCACUGCAUGUUUUAUGAUCAUUAGCAGAAAUGACAUUCCUAUAUACGAUGCAGAAGUUGGAAGUGCUCCUAAAAAAGAGGAAGCUGCACAUCAACACCAAUUCAUUCUCCAUGCAGCUUUAGAUGUUGUUCAGGAUCUUGCAUGGACAACAAGUGCCAUGUUUUUGAAAUCAGUUGACAGAUUCAAUGAUUUGGUAGUGUCAGUAUACGUUACAGCCGGUCAUAUCCUUUUUAUUUUUUUGUUACAUACUCGAUUGAUGCUGCUUCAUGACUCACGUAAUGAUGAUGGAAUCAAGACCUUCUUUCAGGAGGUCCAUGAGCUUUAUAUAAAGAUUCUUUUGAAUCCUCUCUAUUUACCAGGAUCUCGUGUCACAUCUUCACAUUUUGAUACAAAGGUCCGGGCCCUUGCAAGAAGAUACCUAUGAGGCUCUCAUCUUAAAGCUUCAAAAGGGUAAUUUUGGAAUUAAGUUUAUUCAUAAUGCGGUAUUUUGUUUUGAUUCCGCUAUAGAGUAGGGUAUAAUUUUUAUAUACUUUAGCAUGUAAUGUUAAGAAUUGAUGAAUAAGUCUAUCUACAUGUUUGUUAUGAUGGAAUCAAGGAAGGAAUGGAAUAGUUGAUUCCAUAGAAAUGAAGAAAAAAAAAUGUAAUAUUUAAUGCAAUGUAACCCUGUU